AUGUCUCCAACCCCAAGCGUCCGCGUUGGCGUGGGCGCCUUUGUGCUCGCGCCCUCUGGGUCAUCCACAAACCCCCGUUUCCUCAUCGGCAAACGCAAAAAUUCACACGGGUCGGGUACCUACGCCCUUCCAGGCGGCCAUCUCGAGUUUGGCGAAACCCCCGAAGCCUGUGCGGUACGGGAAGUAAAGGAGGAGACGGGACUAGACGUCCACAACGUGCGGUUCCUGACGGCGACGAAUGACUACAUGGCGGCUGAUAACAAGCAUUACGUGACACUGUUUAUGGUGUGUGAGCGGGUCCAGCCCGAGCAGGAGGCAGAGGUGCUUGAGCCAGAGAAAUGUGAAGGGUGGGAGUGGAUUAGUUGGGCGCAAUUGCAGGAGGGCGAGACUGCAGAGAAGAGGUUUUUUACUCCCAUUUUGAAUCUUCUGCAGCAGCGGCCUGGGGUUCUUCCAACUUUUUCUUGA